CCACCCAUCUCCACCCGCACCCCAACCCCGUUGCCCCGCGCCCGGUGUCCCCGCAGGAAGGAGCAGCAGAAGAACCAGAAGGGCUCCCGCUCGGUGUGGGAGCAGCGGACGAGCGAGCUGCGCAAGCAGAACCUCCUGGCGAGCCGCGAGGCGCUGUACAGCGAGCUGGAGCCCGAGGAGCGCUGGAAGCUGCCGUACGGCCGCCACCUGCGGCCCGACAUGAAGAGCCACGCGGACCGGCCGCUGGUGGUGGACCCGCAGGAGAACCGCAACAACAACACCAACAAGACGCGAGCCGGGGAGCCGCCGGCGGAGCCGCGCUUCGCCGCCCCGCGCCACGCCGACGAG